ACUGCGACAGCUUAAACUGAGCAAGGGCAGUUUUUGUUUUAUCGCGUGUCAAGUGACAGGCUCUGAACCUCGUGUACUGUGCGUAUUUCUUGCUUAAUCGGAAAUAUACAUCCUUUUUGCGGAAAUAAAUCGGUUUAAUUGGGGAAAACCCCAAUCUAGUUCGAGUGCAAUUUCAUUAAACCCGCAACUAACCGGCUCCCAGAAAAAUGGGCCCGAAACGGCGCAGUGACUGGACAUCCAACAAUCGAGUCCUGAACGGUGGCAAUAAGAAAUACAACGGUCGCAACCCAAACUUCGACACGGAAGAAACAAGGCUCCUGAUUUCACUAUGGGGUGACCCGAAAGUGCAGAAGACGCUAAUAACCACCCACAAAAAACAUCCCGUCAUAGCUCGCCUGGCGGAUCAGCUGAAACAGUAUGGAUACCACCGAACCGCCGAAGAAAUUAACACAAGGAUUAAGAAUUUGAAGUGCUUUUACAACCGAAUCAAAAAGGAUAUGGAAGUGGGAAUAAUAACAGAACCUACAUGGAAGCAUUUCUACGCCAUGGAAAGGAUUAUGACUCGGCCUAUAUUCAGUGUUCGCCCCGAUGAGAUUCCUAAACCGUCGCCUCGCUUUCGGAUGGAAGGUUUAUCGACAGGAUUGGAUGUAAACUACCACGGAAAGGAAAACCGCGAAAGGAAACGAACACAUAGAGUCGACGAUGUCGGGAACGAUAGCUUUGAAGGUAAUCAGGACGAUGACGACGACGAGUUGUUUACGCAGGAGAUGUUUGAAGCCGAGCUGGACUGUGAAAUGGACGAUUUUAGCCUUGGAGAAGAGCAUGCCAUGCAAGAGGAGGUAACGAAAACAAACGACACAGCAAGGAUACCAAAUGAAAAUUGUGAUGUGAAAAAGGAGCAAUCGGGUGAGGAUAGCGAUAUAAAAGCUGAGAGUGGGUUGAUUAUACCUAAACAAGAGCCCAUUGAUGUGGAUGACGAAGAUCCACCGGAACAACAGAAGAAUGGAAACAGAGAUGCUGACGAUGCAAACGAGAUUUUCCCAAAACUAUCAGCAUAUCUUCAACUAGCCAGCAACAACUCCUCAACAGCUUCGUCCACAAAAGCAAACAACAAAGUUAUCACAACAAUUGCCGGGUCAAAUGCAACAAACACAUCAGAAAUAAACACUUCAGCAUCGAACCCUAUCAAACUAGGACAACAAAUGGUCAUUGCUCAACAACAAUCACAACAAGGAAAAAUAUCCCUUGUACCUACCAAUAUCCUGCUAAAGCCACCACAGCCCCAACUCCAAUUACGUCCGCAGGCGCAACAUAUUAUCUAUAAUCCAGGUUUGGCCGGGAAUUCAGCAAUCGCAACAUCCGGGGCAACUGGACAAAUGCCCAAUGGUAUGAAGGUGCUCUUGGUCAAUACGCUACCGAAGAAUAGUGUAGGAACUGUCAAUACCGAUGCACAGCAAAAGAUUAUCACAUCGAACGCAAUGAAAGCCAAUUGCAUAACCUCGACAGUGCCCACUAUUGGAGAAGUUAGAUGCAAACCUACUGAGACGCGAAGUCAAAGGCCAGCAACGAGUAGUGGAGCAGGUUUCCGUUCACUGAUCUCCCAACUCAUAACAAUACAAAGUCAUAACUUAGAAGUAUCACGUCAACGUUUGGAAGUUGAGAGACAACGUCUAGAUUUUGAAAAAUCUAUUGCUGAACGGAUCAUAGCCGCGUUACCACAAAUUUUCAUGCCUUCAGUGGUUCCUCAAAAUGACGAGAGGGCAACGCCCACGAUGCCUUUACUCACACCCAAGAUUGAGAAAGAAGACUAAGAAAAUGUCGGCUGUUAAACUGUGUAAAUAGUAGAUAGUAAGUUUCUUCGGAAUAGUUUUUUUUUGUGGGGAUUCUAGAGAUAGUUGGAUACCCCUUUCAAAUAAUUAGAGACAAUAUUUUAGUUUUGUAGUUUUCAUGUGCAACUUUUGUUUUAUUGUUUUUUUAAUUUAUGAUAUGGGAUGUGAUAGAUGCAACUAACUUAACUUUAGAUGAAGUAACUUAUUUUCAAUUAUUUUAUUAUUUAUUUAUUCAAUUAAAAAAAUGAAUUAGUAUCAUAAAGAGUUUUUGUCAUACACCUAAAAGAAAAUAAAG